AUUUACUAGGACCACCAGAACAGGUGACAGCAUAUUGUUGGGAACUUUGAGGCUUUUGCGCCAGAAUGACUCAACAACCAACAGCUACAUAGGCAUCGCAACGUUGUGUUAUUUUUCGUUUUGUCCUGUUCGUUCCUCGUAGUUUAAAAAGGAAGUGGUACUAAUUGCGUGCUAUCGUUUCACUUCCGUAUUUCUUUUGACGUCUAACUCCUGUGUUAACGUUAGUUGUACACCACUUUUUCGGUAUGAAGAGGAUAACAAAGUGGGGUCAAUUAUAUAAAACACGCAAUGAUUCGGACUCAAAUUCGGUCCUGGAAAACUUCACAGGCAAGCUACCUAUGCUCCCUCUGGAAGUCCUGGAGGAGAUACUGCUGAAUGUACAUCCACACCAGGUGGUGUGUGUCUGUCGACUGGUGUGUCAUGAGUGGAAAGAAGUAGUAGACAGUGAUUCUCUUUGGAGAGAGAGGUGCCGAAGAGAGGGAUACCAGACAUGUGAUGCCACUAAACUACCGGAAGACUGGCGUUUAUUUUACUUCUUGUGUAAGAAGAGACGUAAUCUUAUCAAAAACCCCGGAGCAGAGGAUAAAUUCAAUGGCUGGCAGAUUAUGAAGAAUGGAGGGGAUCAAUGGAACAUAGAGCCAGGGGACCUUAAUAACACGGCCAUAAAAUACUUUGUGACUUCUUACGCGACCUGCAUGAAGUCUCAACUGAUUGACUUGGAGGAAGAGGGUUACAGGCCUUCUUUAAUGGAUGACUUUCAACCUGCCAUAGUAAUAUCUGACUGGUAUGCUCCACGCUGGGACUGUGGCUCUGAAUAUGAGAUCUGUGUUGAGUUGCUAAAUCAAAAGAAGAAGCCAAUUAGGAAGUUUAGUCCAGAUACUGUCAUCUUUCAACAGUGGAAUGAUCAGAAAUGGAAUCAGAUGACUCAUGUGUUCAAGAAUUAUGGACCAGGUGUGCGAUACAUCCGAUUCAUUCAUGGGGGAAAGGACACUCAGUUCUGGGCCGGCUGGUAUGGAAUAAGGGUCACCAACAGUAGCGUUGAGAUCUGCCUAUCAGUGGACAGAUAGCUUUCGGGGUGUUCCCAAUUUCAAGAGGUUACAUGUGAAUGUUGUGCCUACUUGAAAGCUUUACUUUAGCAUCUGAAAUCUCCCUUAGAAUACUUUUGUGUAUACCUUGUUCCAGCUUUUCUGUCUUAGGCAAUAUGUUGUUUCUCUGUGGAUAUAGACUAUUUUGGCUGUAGAAUAUAUCAUUUGUGUCCGUCUCUGAAUUAUACAGACCAAUACAAAUAUGCACUGUAUAUGGCUGGAAUACAUUGAAGCCAUAAACAAAGACAGACAGACCAAGGAAAGUGCUAACUUGAAUGUAAUUUAGUAUGUAUAUAAACGUCUGACCCACUUUGACAAAUGCCACACUAAACGUUUGCAAUCUUUUGGUUGAAUUCACCUACUUUUCUUAACAUGUAUAAGAAUGUAAUUGUUAACAUGUACAGUACCAGUAAAAAGUUUGGACACAC